CAGCGGCCGAUAGACGCCUUCGUGAUUCCUUCAGGGACAGUGGAGGAGGAUGUGCGUCCAGCCAAACUGGGGCCACUGAUCACCCAACCCUAUAGGCCACACCACAGCAUCCCUCUCGAUAAAUAUAUAUUUUUUAUUUUCCGCAGGUGAUGCUUUUGUAAAAGAGGAAUAAAAACCACUCGAGCUCAAAAUGGCAGACAAGGAAAGUGUGGAGAAAUACCUGGAGAACAACCCGCAGUUUGCUAAAGAAUACUUUGAUAAGAAGCUGCGAGCUGAUGCGCUGGCAGCCGCCUUUUCUGCACCUGUUGAUGUCAAAGAUGCCGCUUCCUUCAAGGAUAUUAACACUGUUCAGGAAGCCGCUAUCAUUUUCGAGCUGGUCCAGGAAUUGCGAACUUCGGAACCCAUGGAGAAAGCUCUUCAUAAAGUGUUGCAGAGAGUUUGCAUGAUAAUACAGGCUGACAGGCUCAGUUAUUAUUUAUGCCGGUCAAGAAACGGAACACCUGAGCUCGCCACUGACCUCUUUGAUGUGACUCCAACAUCCACAUAUGAGACAAACCUGGUCAACCCCCAGUCUGAAAUUGUGUUCCCUCUCGAUAUAGGCAUUGUUGGUUACACCGCACACUGCAAAAAGCCCCAAAAUGUCCCGGACGUUACGCAGAAUCAAAAAUUCAGUGACUUUGUGGACAAACAGACUGGGUACAAGACCAAAUGCUUGCUUGCAUAUCCCCUGAUGGCUGAGAAGGAGUGCCUUGGAGUUGUCAUGGCGCUAAACAAAAUAGGAGCUGACCACUUCACCGAUGAGGAUGAGAAGUUGUUCCACAAGUACAUGAACUUUGCCCAGGUUAUCGCCCUGCAGCACCACACAGCCUACAUGUUCAACGUGGAGUCCAGAAGAAGUCAGGUGCUGCUGUGGUCGGCCAGUAAAGUGUUUGAAGAGCUGACAGACAUUGAGAGACAGUUCCACAAAGCACUCUACACCGUAAGGACAUACCUACAAUGUGAGCGGUACUCAGUGGGCCUGCUGGACAUGACCAAAGAGAAGGAAUUCUAUGAUGAGUGGCCGGUGAAACUGGGAGAUGUGGAGCCUUAUAAAGGACCCAAGACCCCGGACGGCAGGGAAGUAAACUUUUACAAGAUCAUCGACUACCUUCUGGAAGCCAAAGAAGAAAUCAAAGUCAUACCUGGUCCACCUGCAGAUCACUGGGCCCUAGUUAGUGGACUACCAACCUAUGUGGCAGAGAAUGGCUUUAUUUGCAACAUGAUGAACGUGGCUGCAGAUGACUACUUCACUUUCCAGAAAGAGGCAGUGGACGAGUCAGGUUUUGUCAUCAAGAACGUCUUGUCGCUGCCCAUCGUCAACAAGAAGGAAGAAAUCGUGGGCAUCGCCACUUUCUUCAACCGGAAAGAUGGCAGGCCUUUUGAUGAGCACGAUGAACAGAUCACUGAGGCCCUGACGCAGUUCCUGGGCUGGUCAGUUCUGAACUGCGACACCUACGACAAGCUGAACCGAAUGGAGCACAGAAAAGACAUCGCCCAGGAGAUGCUCAUGUAUCAGACCAGAUGCACCACAGAUGAGCUGCAGUCCAUUCUGAACACGAAAGAGAAGUUUGAUGCAGAGCCUGAAGACUGUGACCAGAAGGAGAUGUAUAAACUAUUGAGAGCAAAUUGCCCGCCGGCUGACAACAUCAACGGGGAGAACCUGUACCUUUUCUCCUUCAGCGACUUCCCUGUAUCAGAGUUUGACCUCAUCAAGGCUGGCAUUCGCAUGUUUUUUGAGCUCAACGUUGUCGAAAAGUUCAAAGUUCCUGCAGAGACUCUGACCAAGUGGAUGUACACAGUGCGGAAGGGUUACCGUAGCAUCACCUACCACAACUGGAGGCAUGGCUUCAACGUAGGCCACACCAUGUUCUGCCUGCUGCAGACAGGUAAACUGAGGAAGUAUUACUCUGAUCUGGAUGCCUUUGCCAUGGUGGCUGCCGCUUUCUGCCAUGAUAUCGACCACAGAGGGACCAACAACCUCUACCAGACAAAGAGUGCAUCUCCUCUGGCCAAACUUCAUGGUUCUUCCAUUAUGGAGAGGCACCAUUUGGAGUAUAGUAAGACGCUCAUGGCUGAGGAGAGCCUGAACAUCUUCUGCAACCUCCAGAAGCGACAGUUUGAGACCGUGCAGCAUUUGUUUGAUGUCUGUAUCAUUGCCACUGAUCUGGCCCUGUACUUUAAAAAGAGAACCAUGUUCCAAAACAUUGUGAACUCCACAGAGCCAAUGACAGAUGAAAAGGAGGCCACCGCCUUUGUUUCCAACAACCCCAUCAGGAAGGAAAUUGUCAUGGCCAUGAUGAUGACGGGCUGUGACUUGUCAGCCAUCACCAAACCAUGGGAGGUACAGAGCAAGGUGGCUCUGAUGGUAGCAGCUGAAUUCUGGGAGCAGGGAGACUUGGAGAGAAAUGUUCUGGACCAGCAACCCAUUCCCAUGAUGGACAGAAAUUGUGCCGAGCAGCUACCUAAGAUGCAGUGUGGUUUCAUUGACUUUGUCUGCUCGUUUGUGUACAAGGAGUUUUCCAGGUUCCACAAAGAGAUCCAGCCCAUGUUUGAUGGCCUCAACAACAACAGGAGUCACUGGAAUGAACUAGCUGAGGUCUACAAUGCAAAGAUGAAGGCCAUCGAGGAUGAAAAGAAGAAACUGGAGGAGGAGGAGGCCAAGAAAGCUGGCGGCGGAGGUUCUGACGGAGGGAAGUCAAAGACCUGCACCAUCUCCUAAAUUCCUGCAGCUCUUGGAUUUGACCCAUUGCGGUCUGGUUAGGUCUAAUCUAGACUAUGCUUGUCUAAAUCUGGUAUAACCAAGUCACUUCUGGACUAGUCUGGAUCUGGUCUAGUUAGAUCAAGGUUAGACAUGUGUGAUCUGGCCUGGUUCUCUCUGGCUGGGUCCUGUCUGAUCUGGUCCAGUCCAGUUUGGUCUAGUUUACUUUAGUGUAGUUAGGUCUGGCCUGAUCUCGUCUUAUCUAGUCCAGUCUGGAUUAGGUCAGCCUAACCAGCGUCCAAUGAGGGAAGAGUCAGAAACAUCAUCAAGAGGAAUGUUCUCAAUGGGACUGUCACAGCAACAGAAGCCAUUCUUCUUCUUAUGUUUCUUACCACAGACAGCUAUAAACAUUUGAAAAAGAAUGCUGAAUUGAAUGUAUACAUAGACAUCAAACAUUUGACUUCAUUCUGUCAGUGACAGUGUGCGGUUUUAAGUUUUUCUUUUUUUCUUUUUUUUUUUUUUUCCAGGUCUACAGAAAUCAUGCUCAGAUAAAGACAAAUUAACCGUAGCCAAAGCACAUGUCCCAAAUCUUAUGGAUUGAAAUCAAUGUGCACAUGCAAACUCCUCAAUGUAAUAGAUCUCAUAGAAUACGACAUGUAAUGCAUGAAGGGUUUAUACAUGCCAAAACAAUAGUUUGCAGUGUUCCUAUUGGCAGUCAGUUAACACUCAGUACUGUACUGUAUUGCUGUAGAUUGCACAAUGCACUUAGCUGCCACUGUCGUUGUUUGGCAAUGGCAGGCCGUUGAUGGUGGGAGGGAGGGCAAAUCAUGUAACUUUAUACUAAAGGGGAUUGAAGGAAUGGUUUAAAGAUUUUAUUUUAUUUUGUUGUGAUUAACACUUGAGUUGAGAAUUGAGCUCUUUCAACACAAACUCAGUAACAGGGGGCAAAAUGCAAGCUGAUGAGUGGUGCAAAACAUGUUAAUGCUGCGAAAAUACUUGAAGUUUGGCUGCUCUUGUAGCAAGUGAGAGCAGUGUUCAACCAACAAGGGCUGAUGUAUUCUACGUACAACAUAGUCGAGUUGUGUGAGGGUAUUUAUUUAAAUAUGCAACAUAUCUGUAUAAGUAUAUAUAUAUUUUUUGGAAUCUUUGUCUGAGAAUUUAUUUUCUACUUUGUCUUUAUGGAUGGGACAUUUUAGACUGGCUUUGAGAGAAGGUGUUCCAAAUCUGUGAACAAAUACAUACUAAAAUCCCAUUCAAGCAUCAGGUAUAUGUGCUAUUUAUUUUAAGUUUUGCUGAACACAUAAGCUGUUUGUAUUAUCAUCUAUUGUUUUUUUGUCCAAUGGAAAAAUAACACUUUCUAAUGUGAAUAUUAAUGUUUAGGCGACUACUCCCAUAUGAUUCAUGUUUCCACAUGAAUAUUGUUCAUUACAUAGUAAUUGUAAAAUGUGAAUUAUAGACACAAAUUUCUGAAUAGCUGAAAGACAAAAUUGAAUUGAAUGAAGUAUAAACAACCUUGAUUUAUUGUAAGGAGACACGUCUCGCAGUCCGUCAGACAGAGUACAGUAGAUCUGCCUGUCCUUUAAGAAGAUUUGAUGGGAUUUGAUUUGAUUGUCAGCCAGCUUUUGAGAUCCACACAGCUUUAGACUUUAAAUACCCUUCUUACAGAGAAGAGCAGGCUACCAAAGCCUUAUCGUAUCUAUGAGGGGAUGACUCUUGUGUUUGUUCUGUUGCAACAAAGUCUUGCCGAAAGUGUGGCAUCAUGUGACGCAGUACAGGCCAAAGUUCUAGGCCUCAAUAUUUGAUCAUGGACGUUUGUUUGUGGACCAAUGAAUGGGUGAAUGUCCCCUCACUUUCUACACAUGUAAACCUGAAUUAUACUCAAACUUGAUCUGCUCUGUCAUUUGAGGUGACAGUGUCGCCCCCGUCCGAGGUUCCUGAAACAGUUUUAGCAGCAUCCGUCCCAGGUUGAGCAUUAAAGCAGGCCAGACAAACUGUGUCUCUUAGCUUCCUGUUAUGCAAUGUGUCACCUCCUUUAAUCAAUGGCACAUCAAUCAAAGAGCCUAAUCCUCUCAGAACAGCUUUGAGACAACCUGGAAAACUCCUUUCUAAGAACUGCUCCUUGAGGGCAAGCGAGAAAGAGCUGUCACUGGAGCCAGAACUGCAAAAACUUUCAGUGGUCCAACACCUGUUGCGAAUGGCAUAGUUGUCCUAUUUUGUAUAACAUUACUGGAUUGUAA